AUGGUUGCCUUUGAUAUUCUUGCCACGUGUCUGCUGGCGUCCAGUGUGUCCGCAGGAGGACACAACAGCUACCUUGAGAAGCAAUUCCCCCAGACCUUCUACGACUCUUAUAACGUGCUGAAGUACACUGGUGCCAUUGGACCAUACAGCGACCGUGUUGGAUAUGGCAUCGACCCUGACCCGCCCGAGUCCUGUGCUGUCGAUCAGGUCAUCAUGCUGAUGCGCCAUGGCGAGCGCUACCCAGACGCGUACACGGCUGCAGGAAUCCUGCAUGCUCUCGAAAAGGUGUACGCCUCUGGCAUCACCAAAUGGGAAGGCGACCUCUCCUUCUUGAAUACCUGGACUUCAUUCCUUUCUCAACCUGGCUACUUUGAGCAAGAGACAUUCUCCGGGCCGUACUCUGGUCUCCUGAAUGCCUUCAAACGUGGCUCGGAAUAUCGCUCCAAGUACGGACAUCUUUGGGACGGCCAGUCCACCAUUCCCAUCUUCGCCGGCGGCUACGAACGUGUGGUCGAGACAGCACGGUACUUUGGCAUGGGCUUUUUUGGCUACAACUAUUCCACCGCCGCAGCCAUGAAUAUCAUCUCCGAGAAUUACACAGAAGGUGCCAACAGCAUCACUCCGACCUGCCUCGCCGACACCGGCUUACUGUCCUGCUUUUUCACUCCGAGAAUGCUGCCGCCCCUUGCUGUCGCGGCUGAGCGAUUCAAUUUCCAGAACCCAGCUCUCAACUUGAACUCGUCCGAUAUCAAAUCACUCAUGAGCUUGGCCGCCUUCGAGCUUCAGGCUCGAUCACACUCGCCGUGGGUAGACGCGUUCACGCUCGAUGAAUGGGUUGCGUUUGGCUACCUUCAAGAUUUGACGUACUACUACUGUGCCGGACCAGGAGAUCCAUAUCAAGUCGCGGUUGGCCAAGUUUUUGCAAAUGCAUCGCUGGCUUUGAUGCAAUCUGGCCCGGAGCAUCUCAGCAUGUCGUGGAACUUUGCCCACGACGCCUAUAUCACUCCGGUUCUGGCAGCUUUGGGUCUGGACACCCCCUCUAGCCCUCUUCCGAACAAUUCUAUUCCGUUCCCGAAUACCUACCGUGUCUCCGACAUGGUGCCGAUGGGUGGACACCUGGUGCUAGAAAGACUCUCAUGUAAUGCCACGGCGCUGAGUACGUCGGGGACAUUCGUCCGUGCGGUGGUGAAUGAAGCUGUCGUCCCAUGGCCAAAGUGCCAGACCGGCCCUGGGUAUUCCUGCCCAUUGGAAGACUUCUCCGAUAUAGUCCAUCAGAUCCCCAACUUUGUAGAGAAGUGUGGUGUGGCCAAGGCUGGUUAUCCCGAGUACCUGGACUUUUGGUGGAAGUACAACACAACAACGGACUUGAACUACCAGAAAGGGCCGAUUAGGUAUCAAGAAAAGUAUACCUUGGAAUAA